AUGCCAAUUCCUGACAGUAUACUUCUUCGGAGACAAAUUGGUUUCUUCAAAAAACAGUUGCAACGAUACUGUUCUGCAGCCACUGAUAUCUUCAAGGAGUACCGAAUUGAACCAUCUCAACCUACUGUAAGCCAUUUGAACAACGACGAUCUGGAAUCUUUCCGAUUUGAAUUGACGUCCACGAAGACAAACUUAUUGAAGACUUACAAUAAAAUUGCCAAGCUCCACGACGAAUGGACAACACUUCAAGACUCUAACCCACUCGAGCAAAAGGUCUUUGAAGAUUACAUCACGAAGAAUGGAGGCUAUCGUGCAGACAUUGCUCUCGCUGUCAACAACCUCGAACAGUUUGAUGCUAUUCUGAAUGUUCUUGACGCAGAAUACGUAAAACGGGAACUUCAUCCACCCUCCGAAUCUGAUGGGACACACGCAGAGGACGACGAAGUCCACAGUGAUAGCCUUGCAAAUCAAAGAGGAUGCCUUACUCACCCAGCAACUUCUGCUCCAGAUGCAUCUCUACUUAACUUUGUAGAUGCCUCAAUUCUGACAAAAUUGGAUUUGCCAACCUUCGAUGGCAACCUGCUGGACUAUCCCAAAUUCAAUGCUCGCUUUUCAACACUUGUCGCCAACAAGAUCCAACUUGACGACACUACGAAAUUCUCACUAUUGAAAUCAUGCCUGCGCGGAAGAGCAUUACAAUCGAUCCAAAGACUUUCAAUGACGGCCGAAAACUAUCACAUUGCCAUGGACAUACUGAAGACACUUUAUGAUGACAAGGUGACUGUCAGGCACAUCCUUUUCACUAAACUGGCACAGUUACCGCCCUGCGACCCUGAAGGACGCCAUCUACCUAUCCUGUAUAACCAAAUGUUUUCUCUCGUCCGACAGUUUGCAAACAACCAUGAUGACUCCUCUGAGACUGCCCUCGGGGCGCUCCUUCUCAACAAACUACCUUUGCGGGUGAGAAGUCUGGUAUAUGACCGCACUGCAAACGAUCACAACGUUUCCCCCUCGGAGUUACUCCACUUAUUAACGGACAUCGUUCGAAAAGACUCUACCCUGUUCGAAAUGGAAUAUCAUGCGCGUUUUCCCACCCAUACAAGAAAUGCAACUCAAGGAUUCCAUGUAGUACUCAGCAAAAUACCACGGCCAUGCGAGAUUCCAGGUGAAAAGAAAAACAAUCGUAAGUGCCAGUUCUGCGAUUCAACUGCUCAUUCAACAACAGAGUGUGAUGCCUUCCCCACAGCAAAGGAGCGCAUCGAUCAAGUAAAACGACGGAAACUUUGCUUCAAUUGUCUUUCAACUUCUCACAGUACAAGAGAAUGUACGUCGAAAUUCCGUUGCAGACGGCUUCCAUAUCGCCUAGUCAUAACAAGCACACUUCCACGCAAUCAACACGCCGCCACAAUGUAA